AUGAGGAGGAGAGGUGGAUUAGACUACGGCGACGCCAACGGGAAGCCUGCAAGUGGGAGAGGCCGUAGUGGUAAGGAAGAGUUGAGUAAAAUGCGAGUACCGAAACGGAAUCAGGCUGGCCCAGUCCCGAUGUUCCACACCAGCGUGGCCACUGGCAGUAACCGUUCUAGAAACCUGCACCUGGAAAUUUUAAAUAAUUGGGGCCAGGUCAGGGCUGGAGUCAAGCAUUUCUCUCUCGGUCUUUAUGAGGGGAUCUGCCAGGAUGCCACCAAGCACUCUAAAAAGGCUUCCGCCAACGUGGAUGACACGCUCACGGGGAAUAGAGACCCUGUGCUUACCUUUCACCAGGAGGAAUUUGGUCGCACUAUCUUAUUCACACUCUCGCCCCCAGUCAGUGGUAACUAUUAUCCCCAUGUGGACAAGCUGACGCUCCUGUCCCGAAUUCACGUAUUUGGUAAGAAUCGGUCUACACUCGUACGUGGACAAAAUACAAAUUCCGAUCUGCUAGGAGUCUCCUACAGUAUGCUUACGGUAUGGCGCCACCACGUUAAGAGACGAGAAAAUAUUUGCAAAGGUCAACGAAGCCCACCGUAG